AUGGAAACCCGAUCAAAACGAAAGCGAACAGACUCUGCACGACAGGGACAUUCGGCCACCCCUCGCCCCAACCCCACGCCCCCACUCCCAACUGACGCGUCGACCGACUCCCGAUCUCCCUCUCCGAAUGACCACAAACGGCGUCGAUCCAAUCGUCCACCUCGCCCUCCUUCCACCGUCCCGAGUAUUUCCUCCGUCGAACCCGCCAGUCAGAACACAUGGCAGAACCGGAAGAACCUAGCAGAGGCUCGCAUUGACGAAUACAAGGUUGCCGGUCGUCCCAAGGACGACCUCCUGGCCAAGACACUUAAGGCAAUACUGGACUAUCUGCCUGAAGGCGGUCGUGAUCAACUGGCUAGCGACAUCAUUGGUGUGGGAGACGAUGAUCCCAUUCUGUGGGAAGUAUUCGACAAUUUCCGGACUGGAGUCCUUGAGGCCUUCAAAUCAACUACAAAGACCUUCUCUGUUACACCGUCUCCACACCACAACCGCCGGGCUAGUAUCGACAAAGUAGCUGCCAAGCUACCUGACCCACAAGUCCGUUCUCAGGAAUGGGCCAACGCUUGCCUCAACCGCGACAAUCACCGCUGUGUCAUAACUGGAGCCGUCACAGAAAGCGAGUGGAUCGAGCAAGGUGAAGUAGGGGGGCAGCUCUGGGGGAAACUGGAAGUGCAUCACAUCAUUCCCUUCUCCUUAGGGGGUUUUGACAAAAAGGACCAUCAUGAUAUUGCUGUCAAAUGGGCCUCGAUCUACAACGCCUUUCCCGCUAUCAAAAAAAUGCAAGCCUCGAAGAUUAACAUGAUCGAGAACGGGAUUACUUUACUCAGCCAAAUACACAGUCAAUUUCAAGCGUUCAAAAUUGCGUUACAGCCAACAGAGACUGCCAACUUUUACAAGGUCAAGAAAUACAAAUCUUUAGACCCUUUUAUUUUUCGUGUGAUCCCAGAUGAUGCUUCCGUUACCCUUCGACAGUCUACCGGCCACGAGAAUAAAUCCCUACCUAACAGGGACUUUCUCGACACUCAUUUCCGUCUUUGUGAAAUAUGGCAUGCUUCCGGUAUGGCUGAGGAACAUGACCGACACCUAUAUUAG